CAGAAGUUGUUAAGAGUGAAUCUAAAGAAUACUCCCUCAACUUCUUGAACAAUCAAAUCCUAAAUUCCUAAUUAGAGAUAAUAAAUAAAAAAUGAUUAUGAUGAAUAAUUCAAAUGACAACAUGUUGAUGCAAUUUGGAUCAUUCAUAGCAACCAUAAUAUUUGCAAAGGCUAUGUAUGAUCAAUAUCUUCCUUAUAAAUGGAGGGAAGCCAUACAUGCCUUUCUUUAUCGUUAUACUGAAAAAAUAGUAAGGUUUUUAAGUCCGUAUCUUAAUAUUACCUUUGAAGAAUACACAGGUGAACGUUUCGAUAGAAGUCAAGCUUACAAAACUAUUGAAACUUACCUUAGUGAAAAAACUUCAGAAAAAGCAAGGGGUUUAAAGGGUAAUUUUGUUAAAGAUGGUAAGGCUUUAGUUCUUGGUCUUGCUGAUAAUGAAGAAGUUACGGAUGUUUUUGACGGAGUAAAGGUUUGGUGGAGAUGCCGUAAGAAUUUUUCAAGAACUCAAACCAUCACCUUUUUUCCGGGAACUGAUGAAAAAAGGUAUUACCAACUCACUUUUCAUGGUCGUCAUAGAAAGUUGAUCACUGAAACCUAUUUGAAGUAUGUUUUAGAAGAAGGCGAAGCAAUCACAAUCAGAAAAAGGCAAAGAAAGUUAUACACCAACAUAAAAGAUAAAAAUGGGUCAUAUUUCAGCAAAGGGAGUCUAUGGAGUCAUGUUGAGUUCAAACAUCCUGCAACAUUCAAUACUUUAGCCAUGGAAGAAUUAAAGAAAAACGCCAUUAUCAACGACCUUAUUCGAUUCAGUAAGGCAAAAGAUUAUUAUGCUAAGAUUGGUAAGCCAUGGAAGCGUGGUUAUCUGUUGUUUGGUCCUCCUGGCACUGGUAAAUCUACCAUGAUUGCAGCCAUUGCCAACUUGUUAGAGUAUGAUAUUUACGAUCUGGAAUUAACUGCGGUUGAAGAUAACACUAAAUUAAGAAGAUUAUUAAUUGAAACUAAAAGUAAAUCUGUUAUUGUGAUAGAAGAUAUCGAUUGUUCUCUCGAUUUAACAGGGCAAAGAUCAUCAUUAUCAUUGAAGAAAGAAAAGAAUAAUGAAGGAGAAAAUGAGAAGGAAGAAGUGAAAAAGAAGUUAAAAGAUGAGGGGGAAAUAAAGAAAAGUGAGGUAACACUUUCUGGGUUGUUAAAUUUUAUUGAUGGAAUAUGGUCAGCAUGUGGGGAAGAGAGAAUAGUUAUUUUUACUACAAAUUAUGUUGAGAAACUUGAUCCUGCACUUAUUAGAAGGGGAAGAAUGGAUAUGCAUAUUGAACUUUCAUAUUGUAAUUAUGAAGCUUUUAAGGUGUUAGCUAAUAAUUAUUUAGAUGUUACAUCACAUCCAUUAUUUGAGACAAUAAAGGGUUUGUUGGAAGAAACAAAGGUGACUCCUGCUGAUGUUGCUGAAAAUUUGAUGCCUAAGUCACUUGAGUUAGAUGUUGAUGUUUGUUUGGAGAAUUUAGUUAAAGCUCUUGAGAAGGCUAAGUUGGAUGCUAAACUUAAGAUGGAGGAGGAACAAAAGGAGAAGGAGAAGGAGAAGGAGAAAAAGACGGAGAAUGUUAAUGAUGAUGAUGAUGGAGAGAAGAAUAAGAAAGAAGAAGAAGAAACCAUGAACAAAGCAUGAUAAUUUAAGGAAAACCACACAUUAUGUUGUUGAAUGAAUUAAUAUUUUAUGUGUAAUAAGUAAUGAUAAUAGUGUUGUUAGUGAAGUUUGUAUGUGUAUUAAGCUCUUGUUUUAUAUUUUACAGUUUGAAGAAAGAAAAUAAGAUAAUAGUGUUAGUGAAGUUCAUUCUGUGUUAGAUAAUGCAUGUAACUAUCAAAUUAAUAACUUAUUGUUAGUUGUUGCAAAAGAAGUUUGUAUGCAAGAUAAUGUAUUGCGGAAAUUAUGGAGAAUAUUAUAGAAAUAUAUGGGAAUAUUUGUUAAUA